AUGGGUUCUGGGCCUUCGAAAUGCCUAGAUGAAGCAGAAGUAGAUGAAAUAUCUAGAGAAACUGGAUGUACCUUUUGUUUUGACCUAUGUAAACUCAUUAUCCAACGUAAUAAAUUUCACAUCAUGUUUUUUAAUUUUUUCAGGAGACACGAUUUUUUACUUAUUCCAGAAUUGGCAAUAAAUCCCCUUGGGGAUAGAAUUGUUAAUGAGUUUUUUAAAGAUAGUCAAGAAGAGCUUAACUUCAGGCAAUAUGUAAGGAAGUUGGCAUGCUUCAGAAAAGUUCGCGCAACCAAUUCCACUGAAUAUAACAAUCGAGAAGCAAAGCUACGUUUCCUCUUUGGAAUGUAUGACCUGGAUAUGGAUGAAAAAAUAUCAACUAGCGAAUUAUUGGGAAUGCUGCAGAUGAUGGUUGGGGCCAAUAUAACUGUAGAACAGGUUAGCUUUGAUGAUAACUCACGUCUAAUUUCGCUCAUGUUUACGCCCAAAUCUGAUCUUAAUCAGCUUCAAUUUAUGUCACAUCAAUAA